GUUGCACGUCCACGAAGCUUGUAAACAGCUUGGUUAUGUUGAUUAUGUAGAUUAUUUAUAAGAACAUGAUUUAUUAAUUCUUUACGGUAAAGUAUCGAGGAGUUGAAAAACAAAAUGAACACGUCAGAUGUAACUCUUAAUUUUGGAGAAGAAGAUGAAAUUGACAGACAGAAAAAACUCAAACACCCUGUUGCAGUAUUUUGCCACGUGGUGUUCCGUGUUAUUGCAGUCCUAAUGUUUAUCUUAUGUGGAUGGUUUAGUAAAAGUUUCAUCACAAACUUUAUUCUGAUGGUCAUUCUGUUGUCAAUGGACUUCUGGACUGUUAAAAAUAUUUCAGGUAGAUUAUUGGUUGGAUUACGCUGGUGGAACUACGUAGAUGAUGAUGGAGUUAGUCACUGGGUGUACGAGUCCAGGUCAAAGAGUCAAAAUAAGGUCAAAGUGUCUGCAACAGAGGCAAGGAUCUUCUGGUUGUCUCUUAUAAUCUGUCAGAUCAUCUGGAUAGUUUUUGUAUUUGGAACCAUAAUUGGACUUGAUUUAAAGUGGUUUAUGGUGGCAUUGGUUGGUGUUAUUAUGAAUGGAGCUAAUCUGUAUGGCUAUAUCAGGUGUAAAUAUGGAUCUAAGACAAAACUGUCCUCAGUCGCCACUGGGUUUCUGGGCCAGCAGAUCUGGUCUAAGAUGACACGACAAACAGAGGACCAGGAGCCACAGAAGUAGUUAUUUUCUGAUGAAGUCCACUACUCAUUUAUUAUGAAUCUGUAUGAAAAUGUGAUUACAUGAAGUUUGUAUGAUUGUAAAUUUUGAAAUAUAUGUACAUUGUAUAUUGCACUUAUUUAAACAGCUGUAAAUCAUUCUGAAAGGGUAUAAACACUAUAAUAAUAGGGAUGUAUUUUGUGUGUAUGUUCAUGUUUAACAUUCAAAAGUCUAAUAUUGAAUAUAUACUGUAUAUGUUAAUAAAAUGCCUUAAGACUA